AUGAACGUUUCUGUGUGCUUAUUUUUCUUUUUGUGUGUGUGUAGGGUUUGUGAAACAGGAUCUGACAACCAACCUCUCAGUGAUAAUCGACAAACUACUUGUGAAUAUUUUGUUGACAGCCUUUUUGAGGAAGCUCAGAAGGUUGGGGCCAAAUACUUGUCUCCCACUGAACAGAAGAAACAGGUAGAUGUAAGUAUAAAAUUAUGGAAAAAUGGAUUUACAGUCAAUGAUGACUUCAGAAGUUAUUCUGACGGGGCAAGUCAACAGUUUCUGAACUCCAUCAAAAAAGGGGAAUUACCUUUAGAAUUACAGGGAACUUUUGAUAAAGAGGAGGUGGAUGUUAAAGUUGAAGAUAAGAAAAAUGAAGUAUGUAUGUCAACGAAGCCUGUGUUCCAGCCCUUCUCAGGACAGGGCCACAGACUGGGAAGCGCCACACCAAAAAUUGUUUCUAAAGCAAAGAGUAAUGAAGUUGAAAAGAAAAAGAAUUUGUGUGCUGUCCCACUAAACAACCUGGAACCCAGCACUAGUAUACAGAUCUGGUUAGCCAAUGGGAAAAGGAUUGUUCAGAAAUUUAACAUUUCUCAUAGGGUAAGCCACAUCAAAGACUUCAUCAAAAAAUACCAAGGAUCUCAAAGAAGUGCUCCCUUUUCCCUGGCAACAGCUCUUCCUGUCCUCAGAUUGCUAGAUGAAACGCUCACAUUGGAAGAAGCAGAUUUACAGAAUGCUGUAAUCAUUCAGAGACUCCAAAAAACCACUGAACCUUUCAGGGAACUUUCCUAACAUUGAUUUUUGAAACACUAAGUGGAAAGUUUGCAGAGAAACGAUGGUUGUAAGUGGACAUACAAACCAAAAUGGGGGAAAGGAAAAGUCAGAUUCGCUGGACUUUUGGUCCAAAUGCUAUUUAACUUCAUCUGGAUGAGAAGAUUUUUAAAUAAGUACAAGUUAGGAAAGUAAACUAUGACUGGAAACUAUAUUCAAUGCACUGUUUCCAAAAGACUACUCAGAAAAAUAGACUUAUUUUCAAAUACCAAUUAUUCAAUGUAAGAUAUAUUAAAUAGCUGUGUCUUUUAAAUCUUAAUAUGGUAUAAAUUAGCAAAUAUGUUCACAGCAUCAUUCAAACACCAUUCAAAACAGCAGUGAUCUAUUUAAAUGUUAGCCAUCUCAGAUUUUUUAAAUAGCAGUAUGUUAAAAAAAUUAUGCAUAGCAGGUUAAAAGCGUCAACGUAAUUAUUUUAUACCUCAGAUACAAUCAAAAGGCUGGAAGGAAUUGCUUUUACCACAGCUAUGCCUAAAGCUCAGAGUAUUCCCAAUUUGCAUUCUCUAACAGCAAGAUAUUCUCAAGUAUUAAUUUGGCAACAGUAUCUAAGAUGUAUUUUCAUUUAAGAAUAAAAUCCUGUAGCUCAGUAUAAUUUUAGUAUUAAUCUGCCUAUCCACACUUCUACAUUUUUCAAGAAGUGUAAUUUUUAAAAAAUUCUUUUCUCUCCAGGAACCCCAGCCAUUACCUAUUGUAUUUUGUUUCAAAAAUUAGGGAUUUGUUCUUAGCUAACAUUUGGAGUAGGCCGUUGGUUUGCAACUAUUUAGAAUCUAAUAUUGUGUUGUCACAUUGCUAAUUAAUAUUUUUAAAAUACAUCAUGUAAAGUAUGGUUUUCUAUUCCAUACAUGAGAAUCAACCUGUGUAUACAGGAAAGGAUUAUUUAUUACAUUAUGAUGUCAAGGAAAACACGGUUUGUUUCUUAGACUUUAAAACUGGUUAGACUUCAUUAUUUCACUGUCAGAUUAAAUGCCCUCGCCGGAAAAGCAGUUUAGGAAGCUUUUUCCGCAAAUGAUCUAUUGAAUUAUAUUUAAAGUGAAAUAUACAGUGAGUGUGCCAAAGAACUCAGUAGCCGUGCCUGUCAGCAGUGAUGUUCACAGGGCACUGGAUGACAGCAGGUAAGAGCAGUUCUCGAACUUUCUGGUCUCAAGACCUUUUUGUUUAUGUGGAUGAUAUAUAUGUUAUAUUAAAAAUUAAGAGUUAUAAAAUAUUCAUUUAAAAAAUAAACACAUUAAUGUAAACAUUUUUAUGAAAAAAAAUGUGUAUUUUCCAAAACAUAAAAAGAUUUAGCGAGGGACAUGGCAUUGUAUUCCAUUUUUUGUAAUUAUCUUUCCUGAAGACAGAUGGAAUCUCAUAUCUGCUUUUACAUUCAAUCUGUUGUGAUAUCAUACAUCAUGGAGCCUCUAGUAAACACUACUGUACAUUCAUGAGAAAAUGAACAAAACAACAUCUUAGUAGGAUUAUGAGAAUAGUUUUGAUCUUAUACUCCCCUGAAAGCUAUUCUUACAAAGCAGUGGUCUGCGAUGAUUCUCAAGCAUUAGUGGACGAAUCACUUGGGAAGCUUUUCGAAAUGCUUAUUCCUGCCACCUACCACACAUUCUGAUUUAUGGUAUCUGGGACGAGUGCCAGAUCCCCGAAUUUUUAAUCUCAAGUGAUUCUUAGAUCUGUCUGUAGCAGAAGAACCAAUCUCGGGGAAAUCCUACACCCAAGCUUCCACCCUAAGGAAAUAAAAGCUGCAUGCUUCACCGUAGACAGUGGAAGACUCCAUUGAAAUGGGGCUGCUACCUUUAAGUUUCAUCUUCGUCCCCCAAUUUGUUCUUAGACUGUUCCCCUUUAACUCUGAACUAAUCAUGACAUAAACCUACACUUCUAUAAAAGCACAGCUGAGACAAGGCUAGAACAUUUCAAUGAAGUUUUUAUUAAAGGCUCAGGAAUAAUAACAAAAGGGAAAUACAUAUCUAGAUAACCUGUUUGUAAGAUACUAUCUUCUGUUUGAAGACCAUUGUAAAUGCUUUCUUUUCUAGCUCCCAACCUUCCACAUGGUAGGGGACUGUCUUUUUAUCAGAAAGAGAGGAAGGACAAAGGAAAACCUUUUCCUUUUGUCACUUACUCUCAGAAGUGAACAGAUAUAUAAUAGAAAAUAAAUAUUGUCGGUAAUGUUUACUGCAGUGGGAUAACCCUCUCUAGGGAAACAAAAAUAAUGACAUUCUUUAAAAUACUGGGGCUGGUAAACUCAGAUAUAAAACAACAUAAGAUGGUUAUUAAUAUAUUUUCAAGAAUCUGUAAGAAAGGGUUUCAUACAGUCCUGUCAUGAAGCAUUUUAUAAUUUUCGUUUGUAUAAGUAUAGUCAUUAUGUGAUUCUCCAUAUAUUUCUAUAAGGGAGCCUGUUGUUAGAAAUAUUGGUCUUGUACCUAUAGAAAAGCCUCCUUUGUGGAUUUUCCAGUACAUAAUUAUUUAACCUAAGACCUUGGAGGUUUUCUUGUGUGAACAUGUAGAAUACACCCCAGUGAGAAGUUCCUAUAGGGAGAGACCUGUCACCAGCAAUAACCUUCAUUUUUGUAACUGUGAAAACUUCCACUAAUGUGAACUAGUCUCAGUUGUUUUUUUUAAAUGAGAAUCAUCUGAUACAGCUUUUUACCUGAAAGUUUAAAAUUGUAAAGUUGUUAAUUGAAUGUGUAGAAUACUCAAAACAUGUUUAGAAAACAUAAACUGAUUUUGGCAAGGGAACGCCAACUGGAGAAUAAAAAAGCAUUUUGGUGUGGAAUGUAAUCUGACCUAAGCAGUUGUUUCAAAACCAUCAUCAGUUUCUUGAAAAUCGUUAGGGCUGAUAUAUAGAAAUACAUUUCUGAUUUUACAGAUUCUAGUUUAUUGGUUAAAUUACUGUGCAUUAUCCAGGUUAUAAAAGUGAUCUUAUUCAUUUUAUAUACUGCUCUCAUUCUGAAUAUUUUUCAUUAUGUCUCAUUGUGUUGAAUAUAUGGUGUGUAUGUAUCUAUUUUAGUGCCUUAAAGUUUUUUGAAAGCAAUCUUGUUAAUGGUUAAAGAACUUGUCUUAAGAAUGAAAUACUAUUGAUUAAAAGGGCCCAUGAAAUAAUUUAUACUUAUUUGUGAUAAAAUAGUUACACAUAGCUAUGUUUGUCAUUUUUAUUUGGCAAAGCCAUUCAGUUUAAGAAUCCAACAGUGUUUAUUAGGUAUCUUCUGUUAACAAGUGUUACUUUCAUUUAAUACUCAGAAAUUUUAAAAUGCGAUAUUUUUAAUACUAACUCAGUGGUUGUGUUUAUUUUUUAAACCAUCUUUUGUGUCCUGAGUUGAACUAGCAUGGAGACUCUUUGGUAGAGUUGACUCUUUUGUUCUUUCUCUUCCUAAGUACAAACCAUUUAAUUAAAAUAUUGUCCAUCACACUAAAUCUUCAAAUAGCAGUGGUUUAUUCAGUAGACUAAUAUUUGACUCUUUGUCAUUUGUUUUAAAUGUAUUUUUUGCACAGAUAAUUCAUAUACAUUGUAGAAAAUUAUAAAAUGCAGAUACGCUUAAAUGAUCUUAAAAUCACCUGUUAUUCCACCAUUCAAA